AUGGGGAAUUCUGUGCCUGAUCUCGAUGCCGUCGGCAUGAAGGCAGAGCCUGAGCUCGCUGAUCAAUUCCGCAGAGAGGUCGCAGAGCUACUAGGUCGCAAAAACCUCAACUUCCCCGGCGCCCAACCGGUCAGCUUUUCCAGACACCACCUCACCGAACUACAACGCGAAGAUUAUUAUGUAUGUGAAAAGACGGACGGCAUCCGCUGCCUUAUGUACUUUGCGCGCGGGGAGCCAGACUCAGACAACCCGGAAAUUCACUACCUGAUCGAUCGCAAAAACGAGUACCGCUACGUUCCGAACCUGCACUUUCCCCUGCCAAACGAUGAUACCUUCCAGUCUUUCCACGUGGAUACGCUGGUGGAUGGUGAGCUUGUCAACGACACAUACGAUGAUGGCUCCCAGCAGCUAAAGUUCCUCGUCUUCGACUGCCUCGUAUUGGACGGUCAGAGCCUGAUGCACCGCACUCUCGACAAACGUCUCGCAUACUUUAAGGAGAAGGUUCUGAAGCCUUAUAACGCGCUUUAUCAGCGCUUCCCCGAAGAAAAACAGCACCGAGUUUUCACAGUCGAAGACAAAUCUACCCAGUUCAGCUACGGCAUCGAGAUGAUGUUUCGUGAAGUGAUCCCCAAAGUGAAGAGAAUACACGGUAAUGAUGGACUCAUCUUCACCUGCCGCAGCACACCGUACCGCAUCGGUACGGAUGAGCACAUUCUGAAAUGGAAACCUCCCGCCGAAAACACCAUCGACUUCCGGCUUCGCCUCGAAUUCCCCGUCCUCGAACCGGACACCGACGACGAAGCAGACGGCAUCACAGAACCUUACCCUGACUAUGACGCUCUCCCCAUAUUCCACCUUUUCGUCCUCCACAAUAAUGAUCAAUACCAACCAUUCAGCGAGAUGUACGUUACCCCGUCUGAAUGGGAAGACCUCAAGGCUCUCCAGAUGCCACUCGACGACGCAAUCGUGGAAUGCUCGAAGGACGAGACUGGCCGAUGGCGCUUCCACAGAGUGCGCGACGAUAAAGCAGACGCAAAUCAUUUUACCACCGUGGACAAGGUAUUACAAAGCAUCGAGGACCGCGUUACGGAGGAAGACCUCAUCCGCACUGCGCCGGCUAUCAAAACAGCUUGGAAAAAGCGUGCCCAGGGGGGUGACUUUGAUGAUCGGAAACCGCGUGCAAGGCCGGCUGGCCCACCGCAUGUAAACGGGAAUGGAGUUAAGAGGAAAUUCGAGGAAUAA